AUGUUGAGAGAAAAGUGGCGCCAAUCAUGGGCUGAAUGUGAUACUUCAAUGGAUGAGAAAGAGGCCAGUAUUUUUGAAUGCGUGCAACUUGUGACUAUGAAUUUCUUUUUAAAUAUAUCGUCAAGUCAUAACACUAAUAAUACUAUGGACGAAGACACUUUUGUUCAUAGAUACUGUCACUUAAUGUUGGAGGAAAUUUUUAAUGCGGCGAAUUAUAAAAUCGUGUGGGCAAAUGGAGAGUCUAGUACCUCAAAAGAACGACGUAAAUCUGAUGACAACAAGCAUGGACGAAAACCGGAUUUUAGAGUGCUCUUUGGAGAAGAAAACGAAUUUAUCUUUGGAGAGAUAAAACCGCCUCGUGCACCAAAUAAUGUAAUAAACCACGCUUUGAUUAAACUUGGAGAAUUUAUGAAAGGUUCUCUGGAUUCUCUACACAAACAGUUUGGGUAUUCUCCGUGUUUAGAGACAUUUGGAUGCAUAACUAAAGGGUAUCAAGUCGAAUUGUUUAGCAUGGAUCUUCCAUUUGACGGAUUAUAUCGUUUCAAACAGAUAGGAAGGAUGUUAUUACCUACUGAGGACGCAAAUUUUUUAAAUCUAGUUUCUGCCAUUUCAUACUUUUAUAGUUUGUUGGAAAGAGUUGAUCGUUCUAUUGAGGAAUUGAACAAACCAUCUACACCUAGUGGCUUGUCGUAUCAUAAAGAAUCGUAUUCAUCACCUCACAAAGCUCAUAUACCAAUCUUAAAUAUUCCGCCUCCUGCAAGUUUUCUCGAAGCGGGGAAUUUGAUUUUUAACAUUGUAUGA